CCUUGAACUAUGACCUCAUUUUAAAAACAUGGAAGGGGCAGGAAAUGAAAACUUAGAUGAAAGAUCUGCUCUUUUAACAGUCGAAAAUAGUUCAGAUUACACUGGAGGUAUAACUGCCAGAUACACAUUGAACUCAGAGAGAAGGUACACACCACCACCCCCAGUAGGAAGUGAUACUCAGCCAGAGGAAGAACAACAUUGCGAUACUCAGCUAUUGGAUGUAAAAUUCAAGAGUUUAAACUAUGAUACAUGUGAGAACACACUGUUUAGAGAUGAGGAAAGUGCCAAAUCAUACAAGGAGGUUUUGCGACUUCAGAUGUCAAGAUGGCUGGUGAUGUUUCUGAUUGGUGUUUUCACUGGCCUCAUAGCAUGUGGUAUAGAUGUUUCAAUCAAAUACGCAUCAGCUUUAAAAUACUCCACUAUUAAACACUACAUGGAUGAAUGUAUUAAAACUAAUUGUAACAGUAUACCCCUAUUACUGUGGAUAGCAUGGAAUACAAGUGGGGUCUUGAUAGCAGCUAUACUAGUUGUAUAUGUGGAGCCAGUUGCCAUGGGUAGUGGAAUACCUCAGAUAAAGUGCUACCUCAAUGGGGUGAAGAUUCCACGUGUUGUCAGACUCUGGACUCUGGUGUGCAAGGCAGUUGGUGUGAUAGGAUCUGUAGUGGGAGGUCUGGCUGUAGGCAAGGAAGGUCCAAUGAUCCACUCUGGAGCAGUGGUAGCUGCAGGUAUAUCACAGGGAAGGUCUACAGCAUUUAACUUAGAUUUCAAGAUAUUUGAAUAUUUCCGCACAGACACAGAAAAGCGAGAUUUUGUGUCUGGUGGUGCAGCUGCAGGGGUCUCUGCUGCAUUUGGGGCACCAAUAGGUGGCGUCUUGUUCAGUCUGGAGGAGGGGGCAAGUUUCUGGAAUCAAGCCCUAACCUGGAGAAUUUUGUUCACCUCUAUGAUCUCUACAUUCACACUGAAUGUGGUGCUGAGUUAUGCCAAGGGAGAACCAUGGAACCUUUCUAAUCCCGGCCUCAUCAACUUUGGAGAAUUUAGUAACCUGAGUUAUGACGGCUUUGAGAUUCCAAUAUUUAUUCUAAUAGGUGCAAUGGGGGGACUAUUUGGAGCGUUGUUCAACCAUAUCAACUAUAAGCUAUCUGUAUUUAGAAAACAGUAUCUGUCUACACUAAAGUGGCCAAAUGUACUGGAAGCUGUGAUUGUGGCCUCAAUGUCUGCAGUUGCCGCAUUCAUCCUUAUAUUUACCAUCAGUAACUGUCGAUCUUUAGGAGAAGAUGAGAAUGAAAAUCCACUUCAGCUGUAUUGUGAAGAUGGCCAGUAUAACUCAAUGGCUACUCUUUGGUUUCAAACUCCUGAAGAAAGUGUAAAAAGUUUAUUUCACAAUCACCCAGGUACAUACAAGCCUGUGACCUUGUUGCUGUUCUUCACUGUUUACUUCCUAUUAGCCAGCUGGACAUAUGGCCUCAGUGUGCCUAGUGGACUCUUCAUUCCUUGCUUGCUUACUGGUGCUGCUUGGGGGCGCCUUGUAGGCAUACUUCUCAGUCUGAUUUUCCCAGAUCAGCCAUGGGCAGAUCCUGGUAAAUAUGCAUUGAUUGGGGCAGCUGCUCAGCUAGGUGGUGUUGUACGUAUGACCAUCAGUCUGACAGCAAUACUUGUAGAGGCCACUGGAGAUAUAACAUUUGGUCUGCCUAUCAUGAUUGUGCUAAUGGUGGCUAAAUGGACUGGCGAUCUGUUCAAUGAGGGUCUCUAUGACAUUCAUAUUAGACUGAUGAGUGUUCCAAUACUGCAGUGGGAACCUCCACCUAUAACUUCUAACAUACUGGCAAGUGAUGUGAUGAGCCACCCUGUUAACACCCUGAGAACAAUUGAGAGAGUUGGAAGAGUGGUGGAUAUGCUGAAGAAUGAACCUCAUGAUGGUUUCCCUGUUGUAGAAGAUGAUUCAGAAAAUGAUGGAGACCAUUUUGGUAGUUUCCGAGGUCUUAUACUUCGCAGUCAGCUUAUUGUGCUGCUCAAAAUGAAGAUAUUCUGUGAAGCAGAAAGUGAACAAACUGUCCGAAACAGAUUUUCAAAGCUCAAACUAAAACAUUUCAGAGAAGCAUAUCCCAGGUUCCCCAGUAUAGAGCAUAUCCACAUUUCUGCACAUGAGAGGGAUUGUUUAAUAGAUUUGACUCCAUACAUGAACCCCUCGCCAUACUGUGUCAAAGAUAGUGCAUCCUUGCCAAGGAUAUUCCGCCUGUUCCGUGGAUUGGGUCUACGGCAUAUCAUCGUCAUCAACAACCAUUGUCAGGUUGUUGGCAUAGUGACACGUAAAGAUUUAGCGAGGUUUCGGGUGUGGCACCAUCGAGGAAGGAUGGGACUUGAAGAACUUCAGAUAUCUCAGUCAGUCAGGUCAACUAGAUAA